CACUCGCAAUGGGUAUCACCCCUCAGUCCCAACAACCUGUUUUCAGAUAUACCCCCGGACAAAGUGAUAUAUGCCAUAGAGACCGAGAGGCUACCCAGGCCGCCGCACCACUGGACCAUCAUGCGAUGGACAAACUUCAUGCACGAGCAGGUUGCUCCAUCGAUGUUCUCCCGUCGAGCCCAUCUCAUUUUCUUGAACAGCCGGAUAUCCCUCUAAUUUCGGGUCUUUGAGAGAUCUCUGUUCGUGAUGUUCAGUCGUAUUGCUUCUUUACCUAUCCGCGCUGUCAUUGCUUCUUUUUGCUUAUGUCGUCUGUCUUAUGCUACAAACGAUGGCAACUUUACCAUCGUCGGGGGACAGAUUUAUACGCCUGGUCUUGCAAUUCUCGAUUCGCCUCAACCUUUUACCCCCGAAGGCGGGGACUUUCUCCAAGUUGCGCUCGACAUCUCAGGCGAUGGCCGUCUACCGCAGCCACCGAAUAAUGCCGACCCUCUCACGCAGAUUUUCAACAUCACUCUCUUCCUCACAUCCUACUCCACCCAGAAAAACUUCACCAUUUCAAAUGGAACUGGCUCUCUCCCGCCCUUCGCCGACAUCAUGGCCCAGGAACCUGGUAGCACCGUUAAGCAUGUCAACUUUGAGUGGCCCGACUGCCUGACUGGGGACGGGCAAGAUACCACGGGCACUGCGAGAGGAGACUACAACAUCUCGAUCCACCAGAAUUACCGGCUGAACGGGUCAAACUUCUACACCAUCUUCAACCUACCAAUCACAGUUACAAAUGGGAUUGUGGCAUUUCCUCCAGCAACGCAGAUCCUCGUCAAGCCAAUUCCAGGGCCCGUGAACGCCAAUGGCGGCCGUGUAGCCUGCCCUUUGCUGGAAAACAAGUUGCUUAGCGAUGCUGAGCAACUUACGAGCAUUAACAACCCUCCCUUCCAACCGUACAUUGGUGGCGAGGUCUCAAUCAGCGGGACUAAUAACAAUGGAGGCGGAGGUAAUGGCGGCGGAGGUAAUGGCGGCGGAGGCACCGUGGGAAAUCCUGGCCAGAACAACAAUGGUGGCAAGAGCAACGGUAAUGGUGAUGGGCAGGGUGUCAUUGGUAAUGUCGGAAGGACGAACAGGCCCGAAUUUGGCACCUUGACAGUAUGCCUCGGGAUAGCAGUGGGGGUCGGAGGACUCGGAUGGAGCUUAUAUUGGUAAACCGGUCUUCAUGAGCGAAUUUUCGAGGCUGCCAUCAGGAUCCUGUCACGAUUGCAACGGCCGGACAAAUGCAAUGAUAAUUUCUUUCUGAAUUGACGUUGCUAGAGUUCUGAAUGAGGAAGUCUAUUCCACCCAGGUUUCAUAUCUGUAACUUCUUGGCAUUAUGCAUGGUCACGCUUUCGGGCUGUUUCAGCCCUAUAACAUAUGGACAUGCGAGCGGUGUGCUACGUGAAAGGAGUGUGGGAUGAUACAAAGAAUGUGAGAGC